AACGAAGCGUCCUGCCGAGUGUUCCGAAGGAAAACAAUUAAAAGUACGCGGGUUUUGCUGGUGUGGCACGGUGAGAAGCGUACCAAGCGCACCGGAGAACCGAGUGGACGUUUUCGUGACGGUGGCCAACGCGUCGGUUAGUGCGGAAACCAUUCCCGCGUGCUGCUCGGUUGCGUGUAAAUAACAAGGAAAGCUCAACCCAACCGUCUAGAAUUGGGAUCAAAUAAGUUGAAUCAUUGUCGCGGUGUCAAACAAAAUCAACAACAAACAAAUAACACAAUUGUGUUACAAUCGCGUUUUUGACCCUUCACGACGGUGAAUACUGUUAUCCGUAGACUGGAAGCGGCCCGUAAAAGUGGGAAAAGUAAAACUGUGCUGUCUAAAGUCUGUGCUCAUCGAUAGUGUGUGGUCAGGAAAAUUGGUUUCGGCCAACAAACCCAAGGGAAAAAGAAAAAAACCCGCCCGUACACACGGCGUACGACGUUGCGGUGUUAGCUGUGUGGGUGUUUGUAAGUGCGUCGGCUGUGGCCACCCUUGGCGUCAUUUGCGGCCGGCUGAGGUGCCGAUCACCAAGUGUCCAGCAAGCAAAAGAGGAAGGGUUGUGCUUGCGGGAAAACGGCUCUCGUUGCGUUGUUUACCUUCUUGUGAAACCAUCAUCCCUUAACUCAAGCUCCGGUGGCUGCGAGUGAGUGAUAACGCGACGUUUCGAACGUUAACGUGUCCGGAACGGAACCGAUAAUUGGUGGAGAAAAAAAAAUCUGAAGUGCAUUUGAACGUAAAUUUAAACCACCACCACAAACACACAUACAAAACAAAGAAAAAAAAAAGGAUCGUCCUGCAGUAGCUCUCAGGAGGCGCCACGUUUGGUGUUUGGUGUGUGCGUGUUACACGUGUGUUAGUGUUCUAGUGUGUUUGUGCGCGCAGCGUUGUUGGUGACCGGUGGAAGUGAGAGGGGGUGUUCAUGAAAGAGACCGCAGCAAUACAAACUUCAGCAACUAUGACAACAAACAUGUAUCGUGUCGGAGACUAUGUCUACGUGGAGACAUCGUCGACGACACCGUACCAAAUCCGGCGCAUCGACGAGCUCAACAAGACGCCGAACGGCAACGUCGAGGCCAAAGUGAUGUGCUUCUACAGGCGAAGGGAUCUUCCGACACCGCUCGUGCAAUUAGCUGAUAAGCACCAAAUGGCAACAUCCGAGGACUCCCCGGCGGCGAUGAAGCUGAAGAAGAUGUGGCUCAAGACACCAGUCAGCGAAGAGCAGGCCGCUCAGGCCGUCCUGGAUCCUGCCCUAGUUGCCCUGGAGGAGGAACGAAACAGCCCUAACAGUGCCGGCGGAGGAGGAGGAGGUGGCGGGGGUGGUGGUGCCGGUGGAGGCGGUGGCAGUGAGCGGGGCGAACAGCUGAACCCAAAGCAGCGCCACCAGAUGAAGCAGCGGGAACUGUUCCUGUCGCGGCAAGUCGAAACCCUGCCGGCCACCCAAAUCCGGGGCCGGUGCUCGGUGACGCUGCUGAACGAGGAGGAAUCGUUGCUCAGCUACUUGAACAAAGACGACACGUUCUUCUACUGCCUCGUGUUCGACCCGACCCAGAAGACGCUGCUGGCGGACAAGGGGGAGAUCCGGGUCGGUGCCCGCUACCAGACGGACCUGCAGCAGCUGCUGAAGACGGGCGAGAAGGACGAACGUAACCUGGAGGAGCUGGAGACGCUCGUCUGGACGCCCCAGCACUCGCUCACCGACAAGAAGAUCGACCAAUUCCUGGUGGUGUCCCGGUCGGUCGGGACGUUUGCACGCGCGCUCGACUGUACCAGCUCGGUGAAGCAACCGUCCCUGCACAUGUCUGCCGCUGCCGCAAGCCGUGAUAUUACCUUAUUUCAUGCAAUGGAUACACUACACAAACACAACUAUUCGAUAGAGACUGCUAUGUGUUCGCUGGUGCCGUCGAGCGGGCCAGUACUGUGCCGGGACGAGAUGGAAGAGUGGAGCGCCUCGGAGGCGAACCUGUUCGAGGACGCGCUCGAAAAGUACGGCAAGGACUUCAACGAUAUCAGAAACGACUUUCUUCCGUGGAAAACGCUGAAAAGCAUAGUGGAAUACUACUACAUGUGGAAGACGACCGACCGGUACGUGCAACAGAAGCGCGUGAAGGCGGUCGAGGCGGAAUCGAAGCUGAAGCAGGUCUACAUUCCGAACUACACCAAACCGAGCCCGGCCCUGAUCACGAACAACAACAAGAGCAUCCUGAAUGGUAACUCCAAUGGCGGCAGCGUGGACAUGAUGAUGUACAGUAGCAGCAGGGCGUGUGAAUCUUGUGCCACCACGGCGUCACCGCAGUGGUACUCCUGGGGUCCGGUGCACCUCAGCAAUCGGCUGUGCCAGAACUGCUGGAACUAUUGGAAGCGAUACGGAGGCCUUAAAGUUGCGUCCAGGUUAGCGGACAACGGCGAGAUCGAUCCGGCGGCCACGCUGAACAGCGGCAGCACCGCGUCACCGGUUUCGCUGAAAAAGCGCAACCCCGGCAGUGAUAUCGAUGAUGAUCUGACGAUCGUGGCGAGUUCCGGGCCACUCGCUGUCGCCGCCUCCGUUGGCAUCGGGACAACAAACGCCGGUGCACCCGGUGUGGCCGGUGCUGGACUGAACAACCAUCGACCGCACAGUCCAUCCUUCAAAUGCUCGAUCGUGAACUGUGGCAAAGAGUUCAAGCUGAAAGCUCACCUGGCGCGGCACUACACCCAAGCGCACGGCAUCCAGAUCCGGUCCGGCUCGCCCCGGCCAAUCAUGAAGACGCGGACGGCGUUCUACCUACACACGACCCUGACGACGCGUCUCUCGCGGCAGCUGUGUCGGCACAUUAUCCGCUCGAAAAAGGCUGCCCGUCAACCGUCGUACGCGAUCAAUAUUGCCAGCGUCAAGCAGGAAUUUGCUCACGCCGAAGCGGGAAAAAGUAUAGCUGAGAUUCGACGGUUGCUGACCUUCCGCAAGAAAGAUCGCGGCAGUGUAACGCACAUCGCCAACCGGCUCGGCAAUCCGGGCGCCACCGUCGGUGACUGGUUGUUGCUGACGCCGAAGGAGAACAUGCCAAAGCCGGACGUGGUGGCUUUCCCGAAGCCUCCGAAAGCUCCGGAUGGCACGCUGCUGUACGAGCGGAUACCAAAUAAGUGUGAUGCCGCGGCGGAGGCGGCAAGUAAGCAGCUGAACGCAAGCGUAGCGCUCGGUGGAGUAGCCUCAAACCUCGCCGGAACCGUAGGUAGUGCGCUCAGUGGAAAAUUGGCCCCGUUGGUUGGCGCUGGCGGGCUAGCGGUUACACCGAUCGUACUCGGUGCGAGCAAUAGUAGCAACAGUUCCUCCAGCUCCAGCUGUUCGGCCGUGGCCGGCGGUGCUUCGGCUGUCAGUGGAGGUGGCGGUGCUGUCGCCGGUAGUGGUGGAAUGUCGUCGAUGAACCUUCACGCGACCUCACUCACAACAAACAGCUCCUCGUCCGGCAUGGGCGCGAUGGCAGGAGGUGGUGGUGGUGGUGUUGCCUCCUCCGGGGCGACCUCACUCAAACGACGGACGUACGAGGAAGCAAACGGUGUUGACGCUAUUGCGCCCCCUGCUAAACGGCCGAACAAGGACCCCAUGCCCUCGCAUCGGCCUACACCGGAGCAGUACGCGGCGAUGAUUGCUGCGGCACAAUCUGCCGGUCAACCCCUUCCACGACAUCAUAUGAAUGGCAAACCAAAAAUCGCCCAAAUGGCUAGAACAGGUUCUGGACGGAAGCAAGUGAUCAGCUGGAACGAUGCCCCGGAUGAUGUGUUUUACCGUUCUACCAAAGCUGGCCGGAAAUUGCGGCGAGAGAUUCCAAUUGUUGAGCUUCGCCGUGCCGCCCGGAAACCAUGGCGAAGUCUGCACCCGAAGUACUCGGCGAUCGUGGCCGCGCUCUUGCCCGUGGUCACGACAACCCCCGCCAACCUUCCAGCUCAGCUGACAGCCCAGCUGGGUCACGCGGCACAACUGGCCGCCGCCAGUGUUGCCCAGCAUCCCACCGCGGCCAACCUUAAUCUCAAUCUCAAUGCAGCGGCUGCUGCGGCUGCCGCGUUGGCCAGCGUUCAUCCUCUGGCCGCGGCCUCAUCGCUCGCACUCAGCGGGACGCUCGGUGGGAGUGGAGGAUCCAUUCUUUCGCCCGUCGGUGGUGGACCAUCUGCAUCUUCGUCGGCGCCUGCGUCGUCCUCCGCCGCCGCCACUGCUGCAGUGCUGUCGAACAGUAGCAGUUCCGCCAACAACAACUCCAGCAACAGCAGCAGCACCGUCACCAACAACAGUAGCAGUAGUGGUGGUGCUAGUGGAUCCGCCACCACCGCCACCGAUAGCAAUAACAGUGAUCUACAGGUUGUAAUCCUAGACUGACCCGAACCGCCGAAAAAUUUGCACCAGCAGCAGCAGCACCACCACAAACAACCACUACACCACCAACAACAAAGCUCUUCCCACCAUGCGCAGCAGCAACAACAUCGUCAACAACAACAACAACAGGCCACUAUCACGGGUCAGCAGCAUCGCCAACAGCAGCAGCAGCAGCAUCAAUACCAAUCCCAUCUUCACCAGCAGCAAAGCUUGCGCCACUACAACAAUCUGCAACAGCAGCAAUUACAACAGCAACAACAAUUGCACCAACAUCAGCAGCAGCAACUUAUGCUACAGCAACAGUAUCAACAGCAGCAACAGCAGCAGCAGCAACAACAACUUCAGCAUCCCACACAACAACUACUGGACCCUUUAUCGCACCACAACAACUAUCAUCAGCACAACCACCUGCUGCAUCGGCAACAGAACCAAUCGCAACAACAGCCACCGCAUCCUUAUACCAUGGAGGCACUGCUCAAUUAAUGAAGGAAACUUAAAGCGAAAGAGUGAUUUGAGACACACACACUCAUAUACACACAAUAGCUGUAGGUGGCGCGAAGGGGUUGACUGAGGAUGGAAUGGAUGAACUAUGGUGGUAGGAAGAACAGACCUGAAAUUAGCGCGGCGGGUAACCUCUCUACGUGGUCGAUCGUGGGUAUCUGUCGAUUUGGGCAAACAUAGAGUGCAGCACUGCAAAUAUUGUGUUUAGUUUUCGGUUUACUGUACAAACAAAUAUGUACCCCUCUCCCCACACGCUCCCUAACAUGUAAGAGACGUAUGCAUUGCACCUUAAAACAAGUAAUAUCCAUCUUCUAAUAGGUUUAGUUUUAAAACAUUGCGGAGAGAAUGAGGAAAAAACAGAAAAUGAAAAAAAUAAAAACGCAUAGGGGGGGAAUUGAAAGCAAACAUACAAAAAAAAAAAAAGAAA